AUGCAGUUCUGUGGAUGUUUGCUGUUCUCCUGCCUGAUGUUCAUCACGUUGCUUCACUGCAGCGUCGACGGCUUCAGAGUCCAACAGCAGCCUGCUCGGCGUGUAGUCCGGCCCUCCUCCAGGGGUCCGGUGGCUCUUCGGUCUCGCCCGGGUGGGGUGAAGGCGGGGGAGGAGCUGACGGCGAAGCUGCUCCGGUUGGACGACCUGGUGAGGAUGGAGAAUGAUGUGAUGGAGCCGAAGAGGAAGAGGAGCUUCUCCGGCACCAACCCCCCGUUGGACCGCCUGUCGGUGAGCUCCAUGGAGACCAAACAGGGAUCAGCCAAGCAGAGCAAGGCCGUAGAGUUGCCACGACGACGAGCCAACCCGCCUCCCAUCGACAGGAUCGGAAUGAGUCGUCUACCAAACAGUCGAGGAUAGGCCACGCCCCCUCUUGAUGACACCCAACACCGUCUCUACAACGCCCUCCUCUGGACAGAGGUAUCACCACAGAUGCAUGAAAACACAGCCAAUCACCAACCGC